AUGGGGAAGCGCAAGCCCGUCUCCCUCCUCAACAGGGAGCGGGCGCAGCGGCACGAGCAGCAGCGACCCAGCAAGAAGCAGAAGAAGGCAGCGCCGCAGAAUGGAAACGCGCAGGCGCACCAACAGCAGGGCAACAGGGCAGGCGGCAGCAGCGGCGGGCAGCAGGAGCGCGGCCCCCGCAAGCAGCAGCAGCAGCUACAGGGGCUGCGCCCCACCUCUGCCGUGCACUCCCAGGCGGCCUUUGCCGUGAGGCGGCUGCUGGAGGCGGAUGCCAGCAAGCGGGGCGGCGCCACGCUCAAGUCUCUGACGCUGGCCCCACACAUCACCGCCAAAAAAGCCACAUAUGCGGUCACAGUCGAGGCGCUCAAGCACCUGCCCAUCCUGCAGCAGCUGCUGGAGCGCACGCAGCUGGUGGAGCAGGGGCAGGGGCUCACACACGCGGUGGCCUGUGUGCUGGCCUACGAAGUGCUGUUUGGGGAGGGGCUAAGGCCCACCGGGCCUGCUGAGCGCGCAGUGCUGAAGCGCAAGGCUGACCUGGCGGACGCGCUGCAGCAGCUGCUGGAUGCGGCGGGGGUGCAGUCGGCGGCGGAGCUGCUGCCGCACCCCGGGCCCCACACGCCCCACCCGCGCACCGCCCGCGUCAACACUAUCAAGAUGAGCGUCCAGGAGGCGCUGGACUGGCUGCGGGCACCUCCGCCGGAGCACCGCAACAAGGCCUCCUGCAUGCCCGCCCACGCGCUGGCGCCGCAGCCGGGGUGGGCGUUGGUGGACGCGUGCGCGGCGCCGGGCAACAAGACCACGCACCUGGCGGCGCUGAUGGCCAACCGCGGCAGCAUCGUGGCGUUUGAGAAGGACCCAAAGCGGCUGGAGCGGCUGCGGGCGAUCGUUGCCGCCACGGGGGGCACCAUCAUCUCCCCUCAGCUGGCCGACUUCCUGGCGGUGGACCCCGAGGCGCCGCAGUACCGCCAUGUACAGGCGGUACUGCUGGAUCCCUCCUGCAGCGGCAGCGGCACCGCCUUCUCCCGCAUGGACUACCUGCUGCCCUCCUCGGCAGACCGCCUCAAAGGUGGGCGUGCUGGCUGGCUGCCCGACAAGCGGGUGGAGGCGCUGGCUCAGUUCCAGGCCGCCUGCAUCCUGCACGCGCUGCGCUUCCCUGCGCUGCACCGCCUGGUCUACUCCACUUGCAGCGUGCACGCGCGGGAGAACGAAGGCGUGGUGGCGGCGGUGCUGGAAGAGGCGGCGCAGCGCGGGUUCCGGCUGGAGGCGCCCUUCCCGGGCUGGCCCCGCCGCGGCGUAGAGGGGCUGGUGGCGGGCGCGGAGCGCCUGGUGCGGGUAGAUGCUGACGAAGACGGCACAGACGGAUUCUUUGUGGCUGUCUUUGCCAAGAAGGAGGGGGAGGCGGUGGAGGAGGAGGAGCAGCAGCAGCAGCAACAGCAAGGCGGCAGCAAGAGGACCCAGCAGCGGCGGAAGCGGUGA